CGCCAACAGCUCGCUGUCCUGGUCCCCCGGCUCGGCCUGCGGUUUGGGCUUCGUGCCCGUGGUCUACUACAGCCUGCUGCUGUGCCUCGGCUUGCCAGCAAAUAUCUUGACAGUGAUCAUCCUCUCCCAGCUGGUGGCUAGAAGACAGAAGUCCUCCUACAACUAUCUCUUGGCACUUGCCGCUGCCGACAUCCUGGUCCUUUUUUUCAUUGUGUUUGUAGACUUUCUGUUGGAAGAUUUCAUCCUGAACAUGCAGAUGCCUCAGGUCCCCAACAAGAUCAUAGAAGUGCUGGAAUUCUCAUCCAUCCACACCUCUAUAUGGAUUACGGUUCCACUGACCAUUGAUAGGUACAUCGCUGUCUGCCACCCGCUCAAGUAUCACAUGGUCUCCUACCCAGCCCGCACCCGGAAAGUCAUCAUAAGUGUUUACAUCAUCUGCUUCCUGACCAGCAUUCCCUACUACUGGUGGCCCAACAUCUGGACGGAAGACUACAUCAGCACCUCCGUGCAUCACGUCCUCAUCUGGAUCCACUGCUUCACCGUGUACCUGGUGCCCUGCUCCAUCUUCUUCAUCUUGAACUCAAUCAUUGUGUACAAGCUCAGGAGGAAGAGCAAUUUUCGUCUCCGUGGCUACUCCACGGGAAAAACCACUGCCAUCUUGUUCACCAUCACCUCCAUCUUUGCCACUCUCUGGGCCCCCCGUAUCAUCAUGAUUCUCUACCACCUCUAUGGAGCGCCCAUCCAGAACCGCUGGCUGGUGCACAUCAUGUCUGACAUUGCCAACAUGCUGGCCCUUCUGAACACAGCCAUCAACUUCUUCCUCUAUUGCUUCAUCAGCAAGCGGUUCCGCACCAUGGCGGCUGCCACGCUCAAGGCCUUCUUCAAGUGCCAGAAGCAGCCUGUACAGUUUUACACCAACCAUAACUUUUCCAUCACAAGUAGCCCAUGGAUCUCACCAGCGAACUCACACUGUAUCAAGAUGCUGGUAUACCAGUAUGACAAAAAUGGAAAGCCUAUAAAAGUAUCUCCAUGACCCCAUAGGCGUGGCACCGAGUGCCUCUGUCUAAUCCAUUUCCAGAUGGGAGAGCAUCCCAUACUACAGCUGAGAAGCUUUCCUUAAGAGUGCUAACCUGAUUUCCUGUCUCCACAGACUGAGCAACUCUCAGACUGGUAGAUGGGAAAAGAUGGAAGAGAAGGAAGGAGAGCUUGAAUCUUGUUUCUCCUUAUGCCUUUAUUUUCUCAAAGUCUCGUUGACAGCAAAAAUUCCUACCAGUUUGAAGAU